AGAAAUUAUUCUUCCAAUAUCCUCGUGUUUUGUGUAUUAUACACACAUCUAUGCAUAUAAUAACAAAAAAUUGUUGUUGACAAUAAUGACGAGUGCAAUUCUCUCGCAUUGCUCAUUGUAAAACUAUAUACACACAUAUAUGUCAAAGCCAAUCACGCCCGUAUUCGUUGAUCUGUGCUUUAAUUGCUAAUUAUUAGGUAUUGAUUUUUUUUUAAUGGGGACGUAGCUUCUCGCGGAGAAAAGUGCGCGCGGGGGAGGCUGUUCGUCGGCUCGUAAGUAUCCGGAACUACUUUUUACCUCGUUUAAUAAAACACACCCUCACACACAAACACAAAUACAUUCUCGCACAUUCGGCGCAGUAACAAUAUAUAUUUUGAUUCCUCUGAAUUUCCCCGCCAAACAUUUGAAUUUCGUCGUCUAGUUCAAAUUUUCAAAAUAUUUGCCGCAUAUUAGAAAAUUGUUUUUUUUUCCUUGAAAAUUCGCUAAUUGUGGAAAUUCUACAGAGGGAAUGAAAAGAGGGAUGUUGAAAUUGACGGAGAAUAGAAAUUUGUCGCAAGAAAUUCACGACUAGGGGAAGAAAAAUGGCGGACCAAUUAAAGCUCGCGAAUGAGAGUUGAUACAUUUUAUUCUUUACAUUCCAGGGAUGAAUCCGAGGAUGAAUCUCCUUACUUAGCAAUUUUUUUUAAUACUUUUUAUUAAUGACAAAAGUUGUAAAUUGUACAUAGAAGUUAAUUUUUCGGGUAAAUAAAUUUUCGAGGUUUUUUGGGAAAUGGGAAAUGGGAUUUGAGUAAGAAUUAUAAAUGUACGAAAAUAAGGGAAUUGUAUAGAGGAGGGUUGUAAAUAAAACAAUUGGAUAUAUAUGCUGUAUAGAUGAGAGAAGGAGAGAAAGAGAGAGAGAGAGAGACUGUGGUGUGUAUAUAUAUAUGUGGGGGAGUGUAUAUAUAUUCUUUCUAUAUACAUAUGUUUUUCAAAUCGACGAAUGCUAUUAUAUAUUUUGUAUUGAGCACUCGUUUCGGGGGAGACGCCGACGCCCGGCGCCGACGUCGUUUUUAAAGCGUCGACGGUGUCAGUAGUAAUCUCGGCAAUCCUAGAGGUCAUAAGUAAAAAAGAUCGUUAGAAUAAUCAACCCUCCGCGCCUAUAGAUGUUGGAAUAAUCUUGAGGAUGCUGCGCUGAAAAAUAGAAAAAAAAGAAAAGAGAAUAUGAAGCGUGUGACAACAAUGAGAGAGAGAAAUAAAUUAAUUUUAAUAAAUGGAUAAAUAAAAUUAUUUUCAUUAUGAUAAUGAUAAUAAAGAAGAUGUUGAUGAUGACAAUGAUAAUUAUGAUGAUAAAAAUGAAAAUGACACGGAUGUUGAUGAUGUAAAUGACACUGAAAAUGACGAUGUAAACGACAAUGAUAAUAACGAUGUAAAUGACAAUGAAAAUGCUGUAAAUGAUAAUGAAACUUCUUUAAAUGAAAAUUCUUUAAAUGAAAAUGAAAAUGCUGCAGAUGACAAAGAAAAUGAUGUAAAUGAUAAUGAAACUUCUGUAAAUGAUAAUGAAUCUUCUGUAAAUGAUAAUGAAACUUCUAUAAAUGAUAAUGAAACUUCUGAAGAUGCAAAUAAAAAUGCUGCAGAUGCAAAUGAAAAUGCUGUAAAUGACAAUGAGAAUGCUGUAAAUGCCAAUGAUGAUGAUAAUGAUAAAGACAAUGUGGAUAAAGAUCACAAUGAUCCUUUAAAGGAACUAUACUUUUAGAGGUGAAAAUUUAAUUUCGACAAAAAGAAAGGAUAAUUUUUGGUACCUUUUGUUUUGAAAUGGGCACGGCGGGACGUGAUUUCGAGGAAAGGAAUCACCAUGAUAAUGACGAACAGUGCAGAAUUUGUGCCAAUUACGUGACAAGAAAGGAAGGUGUUGAUAUAUUUGACGAGGAGGGAAAGAGACAUUAUCUACAGACGAAUAUACGUAAAUAUUUGUACAUUUUGGUAUCAUCCGAAGAUAAAUUACCUAAAAUGGUGUGUAUAACGUGCAUCAAAAGGUUAGAGGGUAUUCACCGAUUUGCAAUGAUGGCCUGUCGAACGCAAGAAUUGCUGAAAUUAAAAUUAUAUGGAGUUUUUGAUAAUGUCGAUUCAACUCAAGACAUGGACAUCAGAGCAGAGAUCAGAGAUAUUGAAAAUUCGGGCAAGAAAAUUGAGGAGAAAAGUUUAUUACAUUCCAUAUUAACUAAGGGCGCUCUUGAAAUUUUGGGUGAUGGCGAUUCCAAGACACCACCAUCCGAAACAUUGUCACAAGAAGAACACACUCCAAAUACUGAAGAAAUGGAAGUUAAAGUUGAUCCUAUGUUAUUUUUACAAUGCGGACUUGAGGAACCUUCCUCUGAAAUGUCCGAGAUUUCUGACAACGAAUGCGACGAACAAGAUUUAAAAAUGUCGCCGACUGAACCAUUAUCUUUAGUUAACAAAUUACACGAAACAAAAGAUGACUUGAAAGAUGAAGAUAAUGAUGUUGAUGAUGAGGAUGAAGAUGAUGAUAAAAAGCCGUCCGAGGAAAGUGACGAGGACAUUUCAAAUACAUCAAUAAAAUCUCAUAAAUGUACAAUAUGCUCCAGGUCUUUCAUGUCACAAAUUAGUUUGCAAGAUCAUCUCUGGUCACAUAUUCCCAAGGAGAGACGAUUGGAACGAAGGACAAUGUUGAAGUCACACUAUUCAACAAAUGGAGUGCUUCAAGUGAAUGCCGAUAGUAAUGCAAGCGGAAAUUUUAUUUGUCCAAUUUGCAGUAAAAGAAUUUCCACGAAAGGAAAUCUUAAAGUACAUUUGGAAACUCACAGGCCUAAGGGAAAAUACGGCUGUGAUAUUUGCGGAAGAAUAUUUAAAACGCAAUCGAAUCUUUUUCGUCACAAGGAAUAUCACGGUGGCAUUCAAUUUCCAUGCAAUGUUUGCGGGCGAGUUUAUCCGACGAAUUCAACAUUAAGGGCUCACAGUAUAACGCACUCGGACUUGAGGCCUCACGCGUGUCCUCUUUGCGACAAAACUUUUAAGCGCAAUCAGGAUUUGAAAUUUCAUAUAAAUCAACACACAGGUGCCAGACCAUAUCAGUGUCCCUAUUGUCCAAAAGCCUUUGCAAGUUCAGGUAAUUGUUUUUCGCAUAGAAAACGAAUGCAUCCUCGAGAGGUUCAUCGAGAUAGGCAGAGAGCCGCUGAUUUGAUGAGAUGAACCGAGGGCGGUCGUUUUGAAGAGUGGUUUUAGAUUUAGGAGAGAAAAUAAUUAAUUAAUAUAUAUUAUAUAUUUAAUAUAGGACCGGGGCAA